GCUGCCCUUGGCAGUGAGGGAGAUGGAAAGUGGUUCAAUAAAACUUGAAUUCUGCUUCCCAGGUCUAGGACGAAAAUCUGAUAUAUCCUGAAAAUGUUUAACAAAUCCUUUGGAACUCCGUUCGGAGGCAGCACCGGCUUUGGGACAACUUCAACUUUUGGGCAAAAUGCUGGCUUUGGCACGAGCAGCGGAGGGGCCUUCGGGACGUCGGCCUUCGGCUCCACCAACAACACCGGCAGCCUCUUCGGGAGCACGCAGACCAAGCCAGGAGGAUUGUUUGGCUCAACCACGUUCAACCAACCAGCCACCUCCUCCACCAGCACUGGCUUUGGGUUUGGAACAUCCACUGGCACAUCCAACAGCCUCUUUGGAACCACCAGCACUGGUGGGAGCCUCUUCUCGUCCCAGAACAAUGCCUUUGCACAGAACAAGCCAGCUGGCUUUGGAAACUUUGGUACGAGCACCAGCAGUGGGGGGCUCUUUGGAACCACCAACACCACUUCCAACCCCUUUGGGAGCACAUCUGGCUCUCUCUUUGGCCCAACCAGCUUUACUGCUGCUCCAACUGGCACAACUAUUAAAUUUAAUCCCCCAACCGGCACGGACACCAUGGUGAAAUCGGGCGUGAGCACCAACAUCAACACCAAGCACCAGUGCAUCACUGCCAUGAAGGAGUACGAGAGCAAGUCCCUCGAGGAACUCCGUUUGGAAGACUACCAGGCAAACAGGAAAGGGCCCACGAAUCCUGUGGGAGCAGGAGCAACUGCUGGCUUGUUUGGCUCUUCCACUGCCACGUCCAGCACAGCCACAGGACUUUUUGGCUCUUCCACUACCAAUACAGGCUUUUCCUAUGGACAGAAUAAAACUGCUUUUGGAACCAGUACCACCGGCUUUGGCACAGGCACCAGCGGGGGGCUCUUUGGGCAGCAGCCGCAGACCACGAGCCUGUUCAACAAGCCCUUCGGCCAGGCCACCACCACGCAGAACACCGGCUUCUCCUUCGGGGGCACCAGCACCCUGGGCCAGCCCAACACCAACACCAUGGGUCUCUUUGGGGUUACCCAGUCCUCACAGGCUGGAGGCCUUUUUGGGACAGCUGCCAAUACAAAUGCUGGGACUGGAUUUGGAACGGGAACUGGCCUUUUUGGACAAGCCAACACAGGAUUUGGUGUUGGUGGUUCGACCCUGUUUGGGAACAAGCCUGCUGGAUUUGGAGCCACCACGACCAGCGCUCCCUCGUUCGGUACCACCACGGGCGGGGGCCUCUUUGGUUUUGGUGCCAACACUGCUGGAAAUAGCUUGUUUGGAAACAAACCUGCAACUGGGACUCUGGGCACUGGACUUGGAACAGGGUUUGGAACAGCUCUGGGGGCAGGACAGACGUCCCUGUUUGGGAACACGCAGCCCAAGCUGGGGGGCACACUGGGGACGGGAGCCUUCGGCGCGCCGGGAUUCAACUCCUCCUCUGCCACGCUGGGCUUUGGGGCCCCUCAGCCUGCUGUAGCUCUGACAGACCCCAAUGCCUCUGCAGCCCAGCAAGCUGUCCUCCAGCAGCACCUCAACAGCCUGACCUACUCACCCUUUGGGGACUCCCCACUCUUCAGAAACCCCAUGUCAGACCCCAAGAAGAAGGAAGAGAGGCUGAAGCCAACCAACCCAGCAGCCCAGAAGGCCUUGACCACCCCCACCCACUACAAGCUGACCCCCCGCCCCGCCACCCGAGUGCGGCCCAAGGCGCUGCAGUCGGCGGGCUCGGCCAAGUCCCAGCUCUUCGAUGGGCUGGAUGAUGAUGAGCCCUCCCUGUCCAACGGAGCCUUCAUGCCAAAGAAGAGCAUCAAGAAGCUGGUUCUGAAGAACCUGAGCAGCAGCACCCUGUUCUCCCCCGUGAGCCGAGAGAACGAGGACCUGGCGUCACCGUCGGAGUACCCGGAGAAUGGGGACAGGUUCUUCCUGUCGGUGCCUGCCGAGGAGAACCACCGGCAGGACGGGGAGCGGGAGGAGGAGGAGGAGCCGCACGAGGUGACGCGCUUCUACACCAACCCCAUCGCCAAGCCGGUGCCGCAGAGCCCCGAGGGGCCGCGGCUGGACGACACCAUCGUGGCGCUCAACAUGCGCAACGGGCUGGAGGGCAGCAGCGAGGACGCCUCCUGCCAGGAGGACUCCCUGCACGACGAGUGGGACAAGGAGGCCGAGCCCGGGCAGCAGCUGCACCCUGCAGGGAUUGUUCUGACUCGAGCUGGCUACUACACCAUCCCGUCCCUGGAGGAGCUGGCCCGGCUGACCAACGACAGGAAAGAAUGUAUCGUGACAGACUUCACCAUCGGCCGCAGGGGUUAUGGAUCAAUUUACUUCGAAGGAGAAGUAAAUCUAACCAACUUAAACCUGGAUGAGAUCGUACAUAUCCGGAGAAAAGAAGUUAUUGUGUACCCUGACGACGAGAGAAAACCUCCCAUUGGCGAAGGGUUAAACAGGCGUGCCGAGGUGACCCUGGACGGGGUGUGGCCCACGGACAAGACGUCGCGGUGCCUGAUCAAGAGCCCCGAGCGGCUGGCGGAGAUGAACUACGAGGGGCGGCUGGAGGCCGUGUCCCGCCGGCAGGGGGCGCGCUUCAAGGAGUACCGGCCCGAGACCGGCUCCUGGGUCUUCAAGGUAGCACACUUUUCCAAGUAUGGCUUGCAAGAUUCAGAUGAGGAAGAGGAAGAUCAUCCUUCAAAAGUGGACACCAAGAAGUUAAAGACCACGCCUGUGCCACCCCCAGGGCACCUGCCACCCCAGCAGAUGGCUCUGAACGGCAAACCAGCACCCCCAGCUCAGUCUGACUUUGGCAGAUUUGCACCUCUUCUGGAAGAACCCUUGUUUUUGUGACUAUUAAAUGCACGCCCGUAAUGCCACCGCCGUGUGCUGCCUGCCUGGACAGUGAUGCUGUGCACUCAGUUGCCUUUACCACCAUUAGUGUGCAAGACUGACUGCUUUUUAUUUUAAGAAUGUGCUCUAUUUUUAUUAAAACAAUACUUUUUGUAAGGCUGGCUAUAUGCUGGCUUUGUAAACAUAUUUGUGUUGGAUGUGACUGCUUUAAACCUUUGCAAAACAUCCUCAGUGCUGGGCCCAACUUACACAGGAAUAUUUAAUCCACAGGCAGUGUUUGUUCCAAUUCACUGGGAGUA